GAGCGGACACCAGAAGUGCUGUGAGUGAAUUGACAUGAUUCCUUAACGUGGAGCAAAGAACGCUGGACUUAGAGAGGACAGUGGCCGAAGCCGAAGAAAGAAACGCGAGCCAGGAACGCUGGAAAACGCAAGCACAUGGGCAGAGCAGGAGAUGAGCGCUCGAGUUCAGACUCCAUCCAAAGCUGAAGGAAGAGAGUUAGGGUGGUCAUUCGCGGAGUGGCCGAUGGAAGGAGGACUGGAAAAAUGCUGCAUUCGGUAGCGUGAGGAGGAGGAGAAGGAGGACGAGGUGCCUGUACCUUUUUUUUUCAGAUAAAGGCACUGGGAUAAGAAAAGAAAGGUGGAAAUGUCGGGGACUGGGGGUCCAAAGAUCAAGGCUUCAGCAGCGCGUGCGCACACCCGGAAGGCAGUACCCAAGACCUCCAGUUCCUCGAGCCUCGGUUUGGUGGUACUUUCUGCGACAUUUGCACUUUUGUCUUGGCUAUGCUACAGAAAUAUACAACCUCCUCCCCCUAAGAUAUGUGGUACUCCAAACGGACCACCGGUAACUGCACCUCGUAUUCAACUAAGCGACGGUCGGUACCUUGCUUAUAAAGAAUUUGGAGUGCCACGGAACGAGGCCAAGUACAAAAUCAUUGCUGUUCAUGGAUAUGGAGGAUCUCGAAACGCCCUCUUGGGAGGUCUCACAGAUGACGUUGUCGAUGAACUCAGCAUCUACGUGGUAGGCUAUGAUCGGGCUGGGUAUGGUCAGAGUACACCUAACCCAGGCCGAAAUUUGAAGUCUGAGGCCUUUGAUGUUCAGGAACUUGCCGAUGGUCUUCAGCUUGGACCAACAUUUUAUGUAGCGUGUACCUCGAUUGGAGGUUAUACUGGUUAUUCUCUUCUGAAGUAUCUUCCCCACAGAUUGGCUGGAUUGGUAAUGUUCGCUCCCGUGACUAAUUUUUGGUGGCCCGGGAUUCCUCCGGAGGAUGCUAGUAAAGCCUGGAAAACACAGUACAUAGGUGAUCGCCUUGCACUUUCUGUCGCCCACCAUGCACCAUGGUUGUUGUACUGGUACAUGACCCAGAAAUGGCUUCCCACAUCUUCUACUGUGAGCAUGGAACGUUCAAGACUAGCUGAAUACGAUCAAAAUAUCAUCAGCGGGUAUUAUGCCCAGGUUCACGCAGAGAACCCCCUUGAGCCGACUCAACAAGGUAGAGCAGAAUCUCAGCAUCGAGACAUGAAGGUUAUGUUUGGCAAAUGGGAAUUUGAUCCCGGUACUUUGGAGAAUCCUUUCGUCAAUUCAUCUACAAGAGUUGAUAUCUGGCAAGGAGAUAACGAUUACUUGGUACCAGUUACACUCCAACGAUAUAUCCAUCGCUCUCUUCCGUGGGUACAUUACCAUGAAGUUCCUGGCGAGGGACAUGCUCUACUCGGAGUUCCAGGUCUUGCAGAUAUUAUGGUCAAGACCAUGCUCAUAGGACCUUGAAAAAGUCUUCGAUGACAGCUUCUAGCCCAUAUGUAUUGCAUUACUCGUGUACAUUGUAUGAUUUGCAGGUCAGUACGAUAAUUAUAUCUCCGAAGGUGUAGGAGGGCCACUUUAGAGGUCCUAAUUGAACGAGAUUUUUCUCAAGGAAUUGUAGUACAUGUAAUGAUUUUCUCGUUGGCGCCAAAAUAAUUUGUCCGU